UCGCGAGAGAGAGAGAUAGAGAGAGAAACAGAGAAACCCUAGCGAGCUUCUCUAAUGGAGAUUUGGUGAUCGGAGAGUUUGGGUCAGCGGCCAUUGAUUUCGUCUGGGUUUCUUGGAGGCGUUGGUGAUGGGAAAGGCGAAGGGAGGAUCGAUAUUCAUUCGGCUGGUGUCGGCGGCGGGGACGGGCUUCUUCUAUGUGAAGCGGAAGAACCCUAGAAAGAUCACGGAGAAGCUGGAGUUCCGCAAGUAUGAUCCUCGUGUCAAUAAGCAUGUUCUUUUCACUGAGGCCAAGAUGAAAUGAUCGCAAUCUAAUUUAGUAUGUAUGUUUUCAUUCAUAGUCUCUGAUUUUGAUGUUAGGGUUCUUAUGCCAUGGAAUUUGAACUUUAGCAUUUGAAAAUAAUCUGAGCAGAGCCCUGGAUUUCUUUACAAAUUUUUGUUUUUCUAUUUGAAAAAAAAAAAAAUGAAAUUUACUCUUGUGGUGCUAAA